GUGGGAGCCGAGAGGUACCCCGCUGGCUCGGCAGGCGGCCUCUGCCCGGAUCUCGGCGCCGCAGCCCGGAGCCUUUCCCGCCCUGGUCUCCGGCUCCGCGGCCCCAGGCGCGGCGGAGGUGGAGAAGCUGCGAGCCCCCGUAUCUGGAAUAGAGCAGAAAAAUUAUGCCUGUGUUCCCUUGGGACUCAUUGGAAAUUGUACAGUGACAUCUUCUGGGAUUUAGUCUGGAGUGUGCAGACUGGUGCCUAAAAUGGAAGUAGAUGUUAAUGGAGAGGCCAGAAGUACCCUGAGCACCCUGCCCUUGCCCGUGGCUGAGGUGAGCUCCCCGGGGAAGGCAGAGGCCGAGAAGCCCCGCUGCUCCAGCACACCGUGCUCGCCGAUGCGCCGGACGGUCUCAGGCUACCAGAUCCUCCACAUGGACUCGAACUAUUUGGUUGGCUUCACUACCGGCGAGGAACUCCUGAAGUUGGCCCAGAAGUGCACAGGAGGUGAAGAGAGUAAGGGAGAAGCCGUGCCUUCCUUGCGCUCCAAACAGCUGGAUGCAGGACUUGCACGCUCCUCUCGUUUAUAUAAAACCAGAAGUAGGUACUACCAACCGUAUGAGAUUCCAGCUGUCAAUGGCAGGAGGCGAAGGCGGAUGCCCAGCUCAGGAGACAAGUGCACUAAAUCUUUACCUUACGAACCUUAUAAGGCUCUCCAUGGGCCCCUGCCUCUUUGUCUUCUUAAAGGUAAGAGGGCUCACUCCAAAUCUCUGGACUACCUCAAUCUAGAUAAAAUGAGCAUCAAGGAGCCAGCUGACACAGAAGUGCUACAGUACCAGCUUCAGCACCUAACCCUCAGAGGGGACCGUGUGUUUGCUAGGAAUAACACAUGAAUGACCUGCGGAAUGUGUAAACCAGUUUAUGACACCCUACACUCGGCCAGAAAAAGCCCGCUGUUGGACUCUGUACAGGACUCUCCACAUUAUAGAUGGUUAUAUCUGCUAAGUGUUCCAGGAACAUAAAAAUUGUUCGGAUCAAAUUUGAAUACAGAAAUAAAAUCACAGGUACUUGGGGAGAAAUCAUUCUAGAGCACGCAACUACAAAGAAAACAGAAUGUUGACCAUUAGUUUGUAUAGCUUUUUAGCUAGGAAAAAAGGCUUGGUACGGUAAGAUCUUUAUGAUUCUAACGCUCGAAUUGGGAAUGCUAUCUGCUCGGUUGUUGCUGACAUGGUAUGAUUCAUUAGAAAUUCAUAUCUUAAGUACUCAAGUACUUCUUUAACCUCUGUAUUUUACUAUACAAUGUAUGUCAUGAUUUGUUUUAUGAAAUUUAGAACUUGAACAUUGCUGAAUUUUGGACCACUUUUUAUUUUUAAAUAUUGAGUUUAAAUAUUUUAUAACUGGUUUUGCACUGAAAAAAAAUAACAACUAACAUUUCCGAUUGACACAAGAGCAUAAGCUUUCUUCACUUGCCUCAAUAAUAUUAUUGAGCAAUGAAUUUUUUAUUUCCGCAUGGAAAGUUACUGAUCUCUAUGGCUGUAAAAUAUUUCUUUAUAGUGUUAUUAACAUGUCUUAAUAAAAUUAAAUUUGGGAUACAAAGUAUUUAUUUUACAAUAGGUGGGGGGAGGGGGAAGCUUUUCCAGAAAGUUUCCAAUGUGAAGUUUUCAUGAGUUGAAAAAGUUUCCGUUGGGCUUAUUUUCUAAUUUAAAAUUCAUCUGGAACUUUAAAAUGGAAAGGAUUCUUUUAAUUGUGGAUUAUAGGCAUAAUACUGUUUGCAUCUGAAUGUUCUGUAAGUGAAUGGAACUUUAAUAGAGGAACUCAUGAUUUCUACUAUCGAAUGCUUAAUCAAAGUAUGAAGUGAUACCAUUCAGCAUGGCAUCGGGUCAUCCCAGUUUUAGGUUUUUGCCGCGCAAGCACUCAUUGAAAUUCCAGUUUCUAGGAUUAGUGUAGGAGCCUAAAGUGCUCUGCAGAUUUAAUAGGUUAAACCUGGAUUACUUAACAAUUUAUGUCAAUUGCACUGGUUUAAUUUGUUGCUAAAGAAAUGCUGUCCUGGCUUUAGUAACAAAUACAGCUCAACUAUUCUUGAAUAUAUUUUGGGGAAAAAAAAUGUAUCUCACUUACCUUUUUUAAAAGUUUCUAUUUCUUUUUUGACUCUUGAAGGUGCAAUUUAUUACUGAAUUGGCAUUUCUGGCAGCAUAGACCUGCUUAUUUUAAAGUUUAUUUUGGGGGCUGUGAGUUUCUUGGGUGUUAGCACUCUUGCUUAUAAAAUAAGAACACCUUUUAAUUAAUGAAUGGGCCAUUCCUGGUGCAGUUGUGACUUUUCUUUAGCCAGAAUGAAUGGCAAACUAUUUAGAGCAGAAUAAGUAUUAGAAACCCCUAGGAACUCUUAAUCAACAUUUAUUAUGCUUUCACUGAGGCAGACCUUAUGAAAGAACCUUGGUGAAGUUGGCCCAUAGCUUACUGAGUUGAUCAAAUUUCUUGGUGGGCUGGAAAUUUUCAGCUGUUGAUACUUUAACGUAAAUUGCACCUUUGUAACAUAUUGACAAAUGGUCACUAAGAUUAACCAUCUCUAUACAGUCAUUAGUUUGACAAGAAAUAGAAUCCUGUCAGAUGCCAAAGAGUUGGGAUUUUUACGUUUAAUGAUUAGACAUCGUUAUUUAUUGAUGAUUUACCCUGUGGAACUGUAUUAUUUCUAACUAUGAAAUAAAAGGGUGAUGUAAACACACAUUGUUGUGUGAUGCUUUAAACGAGGUCCACCAUCAAUAGGCUGGUUGCCGUUCAAGAAUUCCACCUAAGCACUUAUUUUUAGGCCCUGUUUUUGUUUUGAAAAAUUACUUUUGGUGCUCCUCCACAUUUCAAGGUAAAGGAUGUAUUCAUGGCAAUGAUUGUAUUCUGUGUACCUGUGAGAGCUGUCUCUGCCUGUGCACCUAAAUAAUUUCUUGAGCUAAAUAAAAAUAUGUAGCUUUUU